AAAGGAACAAAGAGGGUAAGGAACUUUUUUCUUUUUUUCUCGAUUUUUUCAGGGCUUCCCCUUGCUCUGUAAGAAUUUGUUCAAAUUUAUUACAAACGUUAUUUGUGUUUUUGAUUUUUAGUAGUUUGAUAAGUGCGUAGCGCGUAUAAACAUCAACACACACAAGAAUAUAUCGAUAUUGAUUAUUAUGGCCUGAUAAUUUAUUCAAAUCUGCUAAAUCAAUACUCCACUGUUCAUUACGUUUUGUUACAUGAAUUUUCAAUCGUUUAAUAAUAGAUAAUUUUUAGCAUGCAGUGAAUAUGCACUCGCUUGUUCUUUUGUGUUCAGUUUUUCAUUCUUUAGUAGACGUGCUGUUUUUUAAUCAGUUCUACGUCAAUCUUGGUCACUUUUCUUCUUCCUAUAACCAUCUUCACUCACUAUAAAAAAUUGUUUUUUGCAUUAAUCGAUAUAUAUAGUUUAUAUCUUUUUCCCUUCAUUUUACAAAUAAGAUAUAGUUGUAUUAUAGUGACUGAUUCAUUUCGUCAAUGUGGCGUGCAACCGGUUCUUUAGCCGACAGAUUCUCAGGCUGCAUAUAUGAUUUGAUAUUAGCAAUAAUUAUUAUUUCAUUGUCUGCGGGCUAAAAAAAGAAUAUUCGUUUUUAAGUUUCCCCACCAAGGCUAGCGGCUAUUCUUGACAUUUUUUCGGCGGUAUUGUCAAUUUCAAUUUCACACAUUAAGAGUUGAUUGUAUGGAAAAUGGUGGCGGCGAUUCAAUUCUUCGUAGAAAUAAGCAAUUGUUUCCCUGCUAGAUUUACCAAAUCGGUUCAUAUAGGCAAUCACUGUUUUGAUGGCUAAUUCCAUCGGUUAUUGGUCACGAAAAAUUUCAUAUAAUAAUAGCGGUAAAGUGUUGCUUACCUCUUGUUCCUCGUCCUCGCCAAGUAACUCUUUGUUCAGUUUCUUACGUUUGCCGCCCGAUUGACCUUUCGUGGGUUGUUCCUUUCUUUUACCAGGGGUUUUGUUUGAACCCGGUUUAUCGUUCUUCAGGUGUGCCGGUGGUGGCUGUAUCUCAGUUUGUACCUGAGGUUUGCCUUCUGUAGUUGUAGUUGGCAGAGGUGGGGUGAUGGUGGCGAUUCUGGUACCGAUCGAAUCGUCUAUGACUUUGACCAGAACUUCGAAAUCGUUAAUGCGAUUUUCCUUUCCACCAUAAGCGAUGCAUGCUCCUUUUAGAUGCCAAUCUUUUACCCCAACUUUUCCGGGAAUUCUUUUUCCAUCAACUAGACCUCUUGCAUGGUAGGAAGGACCAUUAUCAUACCCGCCCUGGACAGAAUUUUUUGGUGGCUUAUCUCCAGUUUUACAUCUGACAUAUGAAAUCUUCAACUCUGGCGUUGACGUAAGCACUUCGAAGCUAUGGAUCCAAUUCUCUCUUGUUCCGUAAGGAAUACAUGCUCCUACUAAACGUCCAUUUGAAUCGACGCCAACCUUGCCUGGAAUUGUCUUUCCCGAAACAACUCCUCUUGCAUGGAAUGAUGGUCCAUUAUCAUAUCCACCUUGUAAGGCAUUUGCUGGAGGUUCAUCUCGAGUAGAACAUUCGACGUAUUGGAAGGAACUCAUUUUUUGGUAGGGUGUUGCGGUUUUUAUGCUUGUACAGCCUUACGAAAUUUUCUAAACCUAGGUAUAAAAUAAAUAAAUAAUUCCAUCAACUACGUAGUAACUGCACUUUUUUUAAAAACACUUUUUGAGAGUAUUAAAUUUCUACUUUUUUUUCAACAACCGUGUCUUGAAAGACAAUCAAAUGUGCGAAAUAUUGACAAUAUCCCACACUUGGGAACGGCUUGAAAUAAGAUAGUGGUUGUUACUAAUAGAAGAUCGUUUAGAGGCGUGAAAUUAUUAGUAUAACAAUCACUACCUCCAGUAGCAUUUUAUUACUGUUCAGCUUCGUACCACGAGAUAUGGCACUCAUCCGAUGAAUUAGCUUAAUAAUCAUAGUGGCUAAAGCUUACAAAAUUUAUGUACAAGUGGAUGAGACUUCAGAAACUAAUCCUAUUUACAAUAAAGCCCGCAAACCAAUUAACAUGUUAUGUGACAAGCAUACAGGACGCGAAAGUUUUAGUAUAGGAAAUAGGAUGAUGUCGAGUGCAAUUUGUAUAAGCCCAUGCCGAGUAAAAUCCUCUGGCGUCAGACAAAGUAAAAUAAUGGGUUAGGGUAAAACGCUGAUACGGACGGACGGAUAAACGGACGGACGGACGAACGGAUGACCUAUUUUUCUCUAAAAUAUGUUUUAAACAUCAUAUCCGCGUUUUACCCAAUCGGGUAAAACGCGGAUAUGGUGUAAAAUAUGCUUUUCGGCUCUAUCAAAGGCAUAUCCGCGUCACUUUUCGGCUCAUUCAAAGGCAUAUCCGCGUUUUACCCGAUCGGGUAAAACGCGGAUAUGGUGUAAAAUAUGCUUUUCGGCUCUUUCAAAGGCAUAUCCGCGUUUUACCCUAUCGGGUAAAACGCGGAUAUGGUGUAAAAUAUACUUUUCGGCUCACUCAAAGACAUAUCCGCGUUUUAUCCGAUCGGGUAAAACGCGGAUAUGUGUAAAAUAUACUUUUCCGCUCAUUCAAAGGUAUAUCCGCGUUUUACCCGAUCGGGUAAAACGCGGAUAUGGUGUAAAAUAUACUUUUCGGCUCUUUCAAAGGCAUAUCCGCGUUUUACCCGAUCGGGUAAAACGCGGAUAUGGUGUAGAAUGCUCUCGCGUAUUUAGUAUAAAAUAUAAUAUCUUGCGAUGUCUCGCCCCGCUUCUGACACCGUGACAAGUACAAGUGGAGCGAACUUUGAAGUUUGAACAAUUGAAUUCGCUGCAAUUUAAACUGUAUUUUUUCAGUGUAGUCAAUCAGCUCAAUAAAAUGUCGUUGUUUGUGAGUUUGAAAAAUUGUAAUCAAUCAAAAAAUCUUGAAACGAUAGAUGUUUCAGGUUUACACAGUAUUCGUAUAUCGAUCCGCACUGGUUGAUAAAGAUGAAAGUGGCGACGGCGGAUGUAUUGCUGCUGUGUUUACAGCGAUGCUCCCGGGUGAACUAGCCUCCUCCGCAGGCAACUAUGAUGGUAUUCAAACGGCAAAUUUCAUGUAUAAUGUUCUAAUAAUCAAUGCCUACAAUGCGUUGAAUCCCAGCGCCAAAAUGCAUAUAAUUUAUACGACAAUACAGAAAAAUACAGCCAUAUUUCAAUUACGAAAAUUCAAAACAAAAAACUUUGGCCGCAGCCGUAUUUGAAAAAGGGGAUUAUAUAGGGAUUCCAAGUUUGGGAAGGCGGAAUAUGGGGGAUAUCCCCACUAGCCCAUCUUGUGCGGGCAAAGUUUGUUUUGAAUUUUCAUAUAAAUUGAAAUACGGCUGUAUUUUUCUGUGUUGCCGUAUAAAUUAUACGCCUGAUUUUGGCGCUGGGAUUCAACGCAUGUCGGCAUUGAUUAUUACACUGAUUAUAUACACGAAUUUUGCCGUUUGAAUACCAUCAUAGUGGCCUGCGGAGGAGCCUACGGGUGAACAUGAAAAUAUUGUGGUUAAAAAAAAACUUCUGGACUCGACUCUCGAGUUAAUCUGGCCCUGGUCACUUGUCGGUAGUUCUAGUGGUUUUAAUGCCAAUUGCCAAAGAUCAAAAGAGAGCACUGAUGACUCACCUGUCGGAGAAUUACUGGCGCAGCCCAAGCCAGCUCAAUGAAAUAUGGGGGCCCAGGACCAAUUAUACCCUUGGGGCCCCGGUGAACCACAAUUACCCACCCCCCUCCGUCGACAAACUUUUUAUUCCCUUGCAAAUUUGUUGCAAACUUGAGCUGGGAUAGCGGAGAAAAUUGCUCCCGUUGCCACCCCCCCCCCCCUGCAUGGGCGGCCCUGGCGCCGCCCUUGUCUUAUCAUAACUAUCUACCUGACUCUUCCACAGUCCCUCAUUCGUACGCGCGGUCGCGUAAUUUGAGCAGCGCUGAUUUGAGGGACUGUGAAAUCGUGACUCGAAAACUUGCAAAAACACUCGAAAACUUGCAAAUGUGCUUGAAAACUUUAAAAAUUGUCGAAUAAGAAAGAAAUCGUGGAUGUUUUGGACGGUAGCGGUCCUUUGCUGUACAUGGGAAGUAUUUUGUCUGAAUCGUGCGAAGAAUUGGAGAUAUUAAUGGCAUAUUUAUCUCUUGAAGACGAUGAUGGUGAGUGUUGACAUUUUAUAGCAAUAUGCCUUUCACUCUUUGACUGUAAAAAUAUAAUAUAGGCGAGAUUUUGAUUAGGUUUUCGUGUUUUAUACUGUUUCAUGAAAGUGAUUGUACCUUACAACUUCGUAAAAGCUGGGUAAAUGCUCUAUAAUACGGAUUAUUUUUAUUUAAUUCUGCAGAAUAAUUUCCACGUGCUAUUUUAUAUAAAUAUAUACGCCAAUUUAAAAAUAUAAACAUGUCAACAAAUAUAAAGUCUACAAGAAGUCCAACCUCGUACAAGAAGUCCUGCUCAGGGGAAACAUGAAUUGAAUCGCCCUCGUCUAACCGUUUUGCCAAAAACGAAUAUAUUUUAUGUUGGUCUUAAGAGUUAAGCUACUCUUUGUUUUUGCCAAAUGUGUAAGACUUUUUUUCACUUUUGCUUAAAAUAGUAAUAUGUGAAAUAUGCUUGCUGAAUAAUAAUUUUUUUAAUGAAAAUUAAUUAGCCAAUGGGGAUUCAAGAACAAAGCUUAAUAAUAUGAAAUCUUAAAAAAAACUAUGUUAAUUAAUCCAUCCCUGAAUUGGAAACCAAAAUUUAAUAUGGUGUGUAGGUAACAAUUGCAAGUGGAAUUAAUAGUUGAAACAACCUAUUUUCCCUCAUGCAUAUAUAACUUGAUGUGGUACGAGGGUAGCUAAACUAACAAUAAUGAGGAGCCAACCAUGUUAAAUUAAUUUCUUUUGAAAACAAAGUUGUCCAUGAGGUCAUAAAGACCCAAUACUUUAUUAUUUUGUUUGAUAAUUGCCAAGGAUUUCCCUCCCGAAUACCCCCAAGUGAAUCCAUCCCACUACUACACGAAAUAAUACUUCUUUCCCUCUGAGUCAGAGACGGAUUUUCAUAUUUUCGUUCGGGGGGGGGGUGUGUGGAUAAAUAUCUGGGGGGUGCUGCUGCUUACUUUGGCCGGAGCGUGGUGGCAACGCCAGGAAAGGCCAAGGAAAAAGUUUAACAAAAUUUUUUUCUAGGCCUGCAUGGCGAGAUCUGAGACCAUAAUAUUGGUAUUUUACAAAUUUAGUGGUAAGAAUAAUCAAAUAUGAAACUAUCAAAUCAAAAUAUAUGUAAUUUUCGGGGGUGCCAAAUGCCUUUGGGGGGUGCAUAUCAUUUCAGGGAGGGUGCGCACCCCCCCCCCCCUCAGAAAAUCUGUGCCUGCUCUGAGUUAACAAUGAAAGCAUUUUUUUACAGAUCUCUGCAAUAUUAUGUUUACAAGUUCCUUGAAGAUAUGAUUAUAAUAAAUGGUGACAUAUAUCUGUACAUUGUAGAGCAUUUUGUUCAUAUUUUGUACUUACUGAGGCCAAAUAAAAAUAAUAGUUGGUUUCAGGUUUCACAGCCAUAUUUUAUAUGGGUAGGUAGGUCGGAAAAUUUUAUCUCAACUGUCACACAUAAUCAGACGUGCCACACAGGAUCAACCGCGAGCUACACAUGUUUUGCAAGAAACAAAUGCAUCAAGGAUUAACAUGACUAGAUAAUGAUUAAAUUAUGAGCAAACAAAAUACUUUGUAGCAAAUGAGUCUGAUGACUAUUUAUAUAUUCUGAUAUUUACGAAAAGAUGAUCCCUACUGGGAAAUGUCAACAAAAUGUUUAUGGUCGGUCAUAUUUUUGACAGGUCGGUCAGAAACCUGAAACCAACUAUUAUUUUUAUUUGGUCUGAGUACUUUUUAUAAUAUCCAGACAAUAGAUAAAUUUGUAUCAUAAUUAAAUUUGUAUCAAAAUCUGUAAUUUAAUAAAUAUUCAUUCCAUCUUGUUUCAUUUCUUGUUUUCUUUAGUAGCCUGCAAUUAAGAAAAAAUCUUCUUAGAAAAUCUGACAUUUUUGAAAACUUAUUACAUGUAUAUACACAAGGCUGUCGGAAGUGAAUUAAUAUUGGGAUGUGGUCUCAAGAAUAAAUUUGAAUUCCUUUUGCACUUUUCUAGUUCGUUUGUGUGUGUUUGCUCAUACAAAUGGAAUAUGGGGGGGGGGGCUUAUGCUGCCCCCCCCCCACUUCUGAGUUCUGACAACCUUGAUACAUGAUCUAAUUGGUACCUGGCUAGGCCCCACCCACCUAUGUUUUUUCCCAAUGAAAUUAUUAAUAAGAACAGUAUGCUAAAAGAGGUUCAAACAUGGGGGAUGUUUCUGCAAAAGCUGGUUGCGCCUGAUGAGAGGGAUAUCCCUAUGUAUAGCAAGCCUUUUUAAAGGUACUAUCACUGUUUGAAUCACUCAAACCUGAUGCUGAUUGCUAAGUAAGUGCACAAGGGUUUGUUUUGAAAAAUGCAUUAAUAAAACCAAGUCAGUAUGGUGUUAAGCCUCAAAAACUGAAAACAAUAGACUUGGCAUAGACCCUCGACCCUACCUGCAAGGGGUGCAAAAAAUAAAAUUGCCUAUAGGUAAAUUUGCAAGGGAUGCAAUUAUGCAAACACAAUGGUGAAAACAAUUAACAAUAUAUUCAAGGUGGCAUGCUUAACCUUGCUACUUGCACAUGGUGCAAAGGCUAUAAAAUGAUUGAUUCAUAGAAAUUAAUGUAACAAUAUUUUACCUGAGAUUCGACAGGGAUUAUUUUGAUCAGCGUAUGUCUUUAGUUUGACAGAGUGCAAAAGAAACAUUCCGUAUAUUUUGGCAACUUCUUUCGGAUCUUGGCCAAAUAUGGAAAUAACGUUCCUUCUCCAGAAACGUCGAACCAAGAACUACUUGCCAAUGUCUACACUCUACAGCAGUCAAAAUAAGAUCGAUAUUUUUAAAUAUGCACAUAUAUUAAUAAAUUGCGACAAUUGAUACAUUUUUGAGCGUAAAAUAUGUAAAAUGUAAAUGAACAUACCUUCGUACCCUUCUUCAAUAAACAGGAAAUAUACUUUAACGUUUCCUCGCCAUGCAUAACGACCAUAGAUAUCUAUGAUAACGACCUUGAAAAAUCCUCCCUAUUUGCAUUAUCUCAGCAAAUUACAAUGGACGCCAUCUUUAAUGCGGGAUUUCCGAGUCGCUUCAGAUUCUAUCGCAUUCCCAUUAAGCACCGCGCUCCCAUUGUUUUUCCACUGAUCUCUAAGCGACGAGGGACGAGGCAGACUAUCUACUUCGAAUAAUUUUUAAAGCCCUGGUCUUUUUCAAGUAGUUUUUUUUUGUCACCGAAGAAGUAAAAGACUUAGAAAUGGUGAUUAAAUUAUUUACUACGGUAUGUUAUUUAAUAACGAGCAAUUAAGGGUUAGAUCCUGACUCUGUCUCCUGAUUGGAUGAUUGUAUUAAGGCUUUCUGAUUGAUUCAAAUAAAACAUAUAUAACUAUUCAGAGAGCAGGAGACAGAGUCAGGAUCUGACCUAAUUCAAACUGAUUGGCGCGGCUCGAUGAAUCAAUUGUCGCUUUCAACCAGAGGUUUAUUAUUUUAAACCUCUGGAACUAGGGUACGUUUUGUCACUCUGAGGCCAGCGAAAUAACCUCUUUCGCAACAUGCACGCGUACGUGUCCACUAUCGUCAAGAAACAAUCAAUACGUAUAAUCGUUGUGGUAUGUGGGAUUUUAAUAAGAUCAAUAGUGUAAACCUUGCAGUUUUAACACACAUAUGCAUUAGCCGAAUUCAUUUUAGAGACGGGAAACCCGUAUUAGAUGGGAGACUCGUCAAAUAUGAAUCCGGGGGCAGACGAGUUUCCCGUCCGAACUUUUCCGUCUAACUUACCGGUCUAGACCUAAAACGGACGGAAAAGUUAGACGGGAAUCUCAUCUAGACGGGAAACACGUCUUAAAUUCGAAUUUAUCUGUCCGUAAAUUCAUAUUCAGACGGGUUUUCACAGACGAGUUUCCCGCCCCUAAUAUGAAUUCGGCUAUUCAAAUCUAAGGGCUGGUAAACUAAAAAUAAAAACUCCUUAUAUGGAAAUAUAUAAAUGUUCAUUUCACAUGUACACGCCACUGAUCUAAUAGUCUACUAUUAGAUCAGUGGUACACGCACGCUAACAGCUGCUUAAUAAUUAACUAACGUAUUCGUAAACAUCAGUCGAUAAAUAAAAUGGUACAUUAAUAUGGACAAAAUGGAACAAAACCUCUGGAAACAGCAGUUCAGUGUAGUUCCAAUUAUUUUUGGAAAUUUAGUAGCAAAUAUAAUCCCUAUAAAUAGCUCAUCGAUUUGUAUAUGUUAGCGCUAAAGUCAAACGACUGGGUCGUAGAUAAUUCGGAUUGAAUAAUGAUCUGAAGUUAUCAUGCGACCGACAACAAUAUCUCGAAACACCGGCUGUUUGAUGAUUUUUUUACAAACAUACCGACAUUUCUGGACCAAUUUUAAACUUAGCAAGGCGAAAAGUCUCCAUUCAAGAAAAUUUUUUUUUCUCAAAAGGUAAAAUACUUAGAAUACUUGAUUAAAUUGUUGACUUCGACGGUGUAUAAAUUAACAGCGUUAGACUUGCAAGACGUCAAAAACGGAAGAUUUCAACGCGCUGUCGUUUAUCGCGUAUUCAUUUGCCAAAAGAAGUAUUUACGUCAAUUGAAAGCUUGUUUAUUAAAGAGCCAACUAGUAGAAGCAUGAUCGAUUUGGUGCUUUAUCCCAUGGUGAAAAUCGGUUUUGUUAAGAGGGUAUCGUAAAUGAAGUAAGAUAGUGUGCUCCAAAACUACGAUUAUUUCUAUUCCUAAAAGUGACUCAGAUUUCCUGUAAGUCACUUACCCGGUCCUUUGAAUAACCGAAAACAAGAUUUUUAGGGUUUUAGGUCGAUUAGAAACGGUUGUCGUCGUGAAAUUUGUCUGUAAAAUUAGCGCAUAUUUUCCCAGACAAAAUGGCGAUUUAGGGUGGUCGUGUUAAAACGGCAUUUUCUCAAAGUUAAAAAAGCGUUUGACCUAAAAAAAUAUAUGGUGCAUUUUCCGAUAUAAUAAGGUAUAUCUGGGCAAAAUUUGAGCAAAAUCGAUUUUUCAGUCGUGGCCGCCUUAUGUUUGAUUUUUGUGGACAUCCUCUCUUAACUAUUUUAUUUCGCUUCCUACCAUGCACAGUCUGGUUAAUGUAAUCAGAAAUCUAGUUAUAUUUUACCGCGACAUCCCUAUUAAAAUAAGCAGAUUAUGCUAGGUGGAUCAAUAACCAGUGGUGCCUGCUUAUAUAUCGACAGUAACAAAGUCUGGUUAAUUUAAAUCAGUAGGAAUUUCUGGUCAAAUUAAAUUAACUAGACUAUCGUGGGAAAAUAUUAAAUAACAAGCAAGUAGGACUAUCUCAAGGUCCAACAAGGGAAAUUUUUAAAUUAAACUAACCAGAUUUUUUUUUAAAUAUCAAGGGGCAAUUAAGCAAGUUUAAAUUAACGUUAUUUUUCAUUCUAUAUGCAAGUCCGAACACAAUGCGAAAUGUCUCCCGCAGUUGCAAAGCUGAGUAGUGUUUCCGUUUUAAAUGCACUUAAUUUACCCCUUGGAGAUCUCAUUGAAAACUAAAUUAUCAUGACGCUUUUAAUUAAUAAGCAAAGCACCCGCUCCCUAAAAACUGCUUACCGUGGAUUUAACUUAUAGAUAUUCAGUUUUGUUGAAUCAGCGAGCAGAUUGUUGUAAUAUAUGUGUAAAUUUUAGCCAACAAAAAAAGCAUGUGGUAACUGCAAAAUGAGCGGUUGCUGUGAGUUAUGCUAAUUUAAUUAAAUUCUGGUUUAAUAACCCCACUAGCAGAUAAAUGUAGCAUAUCCCGAAAUUUCUUUACGUGCUCGUAUAUGUCUUCUUACCGAUUCAUUUAACUGUGAUUUUAAGGACUAGCCAGCCGAAACAUGUCAGAUUUAAUAUAAAUAAAAACCGUUUACUUUUAAUAAGCGACCUCCAAGUGCUACAACUCUCUUCUCGAUAAUCUUAUCAAAAGACGGAGGUCGGCCGAUUGAUACUAGAUUUACCAUCCGUGUUGCAAACAAAAAUAAUAUAUCGUAGAAAAGAGAGAUUUUGCAGAACAUGUAAAUCAGUUUCCAUCACUUUUUCUAAAGUUUGGCUCGCAAAUUAAAUGGCCAUAAGUAAUCUAUGGAAUAGCUUAUUCCUAACCAAAAUGGCUUAAGAAGACAGUUGUACACAGUUGCGACUUACAUACAGUAAAUAAAACAUCAAAUAAUUUAAUAUAUGUCAGAUUGAAAGAGGCUGCUUGCAAGUCAAUGAUAACCGCCAACUUGAAACAUAACAAAUAGCAAAUAGAAAUUUAAGAAAUCAGGUUUAAAGCUUCAGUUGAUCCUUAAAUUGAUAUAUUGCGGUGCCCGUGCCAUUUUUGGCACCGCAUUAUAUUCUGCCUGUGAGUUUGUUAGUUUGUUUGUUAGUUUGUUCGCAUCAAUACGUUUCCUUAAUCGCGUACCAAAAAUUCCUUGCACGUGCUCGGAAUUUAUUAUUAUUAUUAAUCGUGUACUCUCAUGAUGAUUGACUGUUUGCUCAGCUUUAUCUCUGGUUUUAUGCGUCAAAAAAGGACAAAAAUACCACUGUUCGCAUCAACGUGAAAAGUUGUGUUUACGGAUGGAAAAUUUAUUUCAAAAUUGACUUCUAUUCUAGCUAUUUGUCGCCUUUGAAGACAAAAGUCGCUCAAAAUAAUCCUUCACGUUUUCCGAAUUCCUUUUUUCGAGGAAAGUUUUCUUUCGAAUUACAACUCUCACUCUCACGAUUGACUUUUUGCUGCGUCUUAUCGCUGGUUUUAUGCGCCCAAUAAGGACAAAAAUACCACCGUUCGAUUCAGUGUAAGAAAUUAUACUCACAAAUGUCAAAUGUAUUACUAAACUACAGUAUUCUAGCGAUUUAUGGCCUUUGAAAGACAAGCGAAAUUGUAUUGUUCACAAAUCGCUCAAAAUUAUUAAACUAAUUAAAAGUGCAAUACAUUUGACCUUGAUAACUUUCGUAUUGUUGGUUUUCUCUUUUUCGGCCGUAUACCAGUGGGUUCGUCUCACUUUUCUCUUUAUUUUUUUAGUAUUUUGAGCCCAAAAUAUUAUAUUUUGAAGCUUUUAAUGUGCAGUUUUAAUAAGCGAAAUUGUACUGUUUACAAAUCGCUCAAAAUUACUAAACUAAUUAAAAAUGCAGUCCGUUUGAUCCUUGAUAACUUCGGAAUUGUUGGGUUUUCUCGUUUUCGGCCGUAUGCCAGUGGAUUCGUCUCACUUUUCUCUUCAUUUUGAUAGUAUUUUGAGCCCAAAAUAUUUUAUUUUGAAGGCUUUAAAACGCAGUUUCGACCCUAACGUACGGACCAACUGGCGGCCGACAGGGACAGUACUAAACCACGAAACAGCGAAACGAAACAGCGAAACAACGAAACAGCGAAACGAAACAGCGAAACAACACGUUUUAUAUUAUUUUUAGUGAAAUGAAUAAACUACAUUUAAGUUAAACUAAAUUAGAACGAAUUAAGUUAUACGAGAUAAAAUUAAAUCUUUAAUUAAGUUACAACCGUACAACGUCAUCACGGCAUCAGCACAUAAUAGUCUCAGUAGGUAAAAGUAAAAUAAGCAUCAAAACUGUGAUACGUUUACCCAAAUUGAAGAAUGUUUUCAUGUACGGUAUGUUUUAUUACUAUUAGUGAAUCCUUUACAAAUCCAUAGGCAUAGAGGCCCAAUAGUUAAUAUUGUAAUAGGCACCAAAAGACUAAAAUACUUAAAAAUCCGAUACAAUUUCAUAAUGUGUUACUGUGAAAAAUAUUCUAGCAACUGUUUUUUGUCGCCAUAGGUGUUUGUUUUACUUGCCGUUGUGGAUGCAGACUUGCAGUGGCGUAGUGACGUAUAUGAAGUCUUUAUUAUUGGGAAGGACGCCGGGAAACUAAUUUUCUCAUAUCCAAUCCACACACAUGCUCGCGAUUGGUCAGAACGGCCCCAAGUCAAAUGGCGGCCCCGCUUGGGUUGUUCGAACUAUUAUGUUACUAUAUAACAAAAAUAAAUCCAUUGCCAGAAAUUACAGCUAUGCAAAGGUGAACAUUUAAAAAUUUAUUUGUCGAAGGCGAGGUGAUUUAUAUCGGGGAAAUUCCUUCACCGAGACGAAGUCGAGAAUUAAUAUUUGAAUAAAACAACUCCAUAGUUGAAUAUUUGAAUAAAACAACUCCAUAGUUCAAUAUUUACAAUCUAAAUUACCUAAUCCUUGAAUUAAUUUUAUAAUUUGUCAUAAAACUUAUUAUAGUUUGAACUCGUGUAAUAAUAAUUUUAUUUGUAUAAUAAUUUUCAAAGCAUGCAAUAGCCGUUUUGACUUGGAGUCGUUUUGACUUGGGGCCGCCGUUUGCCUUGGGGCCGUUUUGACCGAGCACCCCACACACAUGCUCGUUUCACUGUCAAAACAACAUGAAAACUUCAAAGAAAUUAUAACAGAGGAAACUUUGAUAGUAUUCGAAAAGCAGAAGAGUUUCUAUAUCCUUCCCAACAUUCGAUAAUAAAGAUUAAUACGUGACACUAUUAGUAUUAAUUAUGACUUUUAUGCGCUGAUGGCGUUGUAACUUUAAGCAGGGACGCUGGAACUGGGGGGGGGGGCAGGAGGGGCAGCCGCCCCCGUUGCCCUUUAGCAGAAGGGGCAAGGGGGGGGGAGCAAAGGUGCCCUUUCAGUUUAAAGGAUUGCCUUGGUGAAAUAGCGAAUUGUCAGAAAUGUUAGUGCAAUUAUUUUACAAAUUUGCUUCAGAAAACGCAAGAAAUGCAGUCAUUGAGCUUCAAGAAUAGCACAAUCGCCUGGCGGAGAACUCCCUCACACCCCUAUCAUCCAAUAAAUAGAAAACAUACACCCUUUUCAAAAAGGCUAAAUAAUCAGGUGGAAUAUUAAUUAAGUAAACGGAAGCGAGGCUAGUUGGCCAAGUUAUAAACAAAAUAUGGCCGGUGCGAUAAUUUCAUGUGUUCUAACAGAAGAAGAUAUUCCCGGUGCUUCUUUAUAUGGACGAAAACCUGCAGAAUUGAGCAAUGAUGAUCUUAGAUUUUGGCUGAAAUGUCGGGGAGAUUCCGGGAAAGGACUGAAAACAAAAGCCGAACUUGUCAAAAGGUAUACGACUACCACUCCCUUAAUACUGUAAAUAAAUUCAUAUAUGCCAUUUUUUCGCCUCGCUAAAAUAAUUUAUUUAUGUUUCUAGAGUUGAAGAAUACAUUGUAUCUGGAAAAGAUAAGACGAUCUCCGACCCUGACCCAAAUGGGCUUUAUACGAAAAGGAAAUUGAAACAAGUAGGCGCAUCUUGUAGCUUUGUAUCGAACGACAAAAAAGACAACGCUGCACAGAGAUCUGUAAAGUAUCCAGAUGAUGGAUGGAAUACCUGCUUGAAAAAAAUGCCUUUGUUUACAAAGGCGGAAAUGACUGAACACAUUUCAAGAUCUGGAAAGACCAUUGCGGGUUUAGAACAUCAUUCAGUUCCGACAUCAUUACGAAAAGCAAAAACAUUUCUCGACGAUGAAUAUCUACACGAAAUAAUGGCAUCAAGUGAUGGCAGAUAUUUCUACUUCCGCGCAAAAUGUUAUCAUAGUUUUAGAAAAAAUGACCCUCCCCAUGAACUAAAGAUUACUUUAUGUAUUGUUAAAGGAACCGUGAUACACAGUAGGUGCACUUGUGUCGCAGGCCAAGUAGGAUACUGCAAUCACAUUUCAGCACUAAUGUUAAAGAUGUGUAAGUUUAGCUUAUUUGAAGCAAAAACGACCAAAGAUUUGUGUGAUGAAAAUGAUGAAAAUCCAACUCUUGCUUGUACGUCAAAGCUGCAAAGAUGGCAUAAGAAGGGUGGUGGAGAAAAUAUCCAUCCUGAGCCAGCAAUGGACGUUGUUGUUAAAAAGACGAAGCUGGAAGAGCGCCCUGACAAUACCCGAGGUAAAAUGAACCUUAAAUGUUUGCUUUAUGACGCACGAGAAAAGCCAGAAUAUGAUUUUUCUAAUGAAAGCGAACUUAAAUCCGAACUUGAAAAGAUUGACUCUAAUUUGGGUUUUGCUCAAAUCUUAAGUCAAAACUCAGGAGAAAGUCUAGAAAUUGUUGAUUCAAAAUUUGGGGAAACCCCAGUGGGUUCAUUCUUGAGCUAUCAGACGUCAUUUACCGAAGCGAAUUUUGAUGCUAAAGCUGACUUAACAUCAAUACCAAGAAACAAUUCAAACUUUACAACACCUCUGACACAUUACCCGAGAUUUCCACUAAGUGUUGAAGAUUCUGCAAUAGACAUACCUAAAGACCUGAGUGCCGAAGAGUUGAAACUUUUAAACUAUCUAUCAGUCAGCGAAGAUAAAAUCAAUUUGAUUGAAAGUAGCACACGAUCACAAAGUGAGUCAGAUGAAUGGAUAAAGCAGCGUACCUACCGAUUUACUGCGUCAAAAUUUCAAAUGAUUACUAGAAGGCAACGAAAUCACGAAACAUUUGUGCAGUCGCUCAUGUAUCCGAAAAAAAUCUCGUCCAAGCAUUUGGCCCAUGGAAUUAAAUAUGAACCCAUUGCUCUUCAAGAAUAUGAAAAGUUUAUGUUGAACCGGAAAACCCCUGUUACUGUUUUGAAAAGUGGUCUUGUCGUUUCAAAAUGCUACCCCUUACUUGGAGCAACACCUGAUGCCAGAAUUAUCGACCCUGGAUGCUCCGUUUGCUUUGGGCUAGCUGAAGUUAAAUGCCCAUCUACUAAAUUUAAUGUUGCACCACUGGAUGCAUGCUCAGAUCCAAAUUUCUGCAUGGAAAAAAAUAGUAACACACAUUGUAGACUGAAAAGAAACCACGCGUAUUUUUCCCAGGUACAAGGUCAAAUGGGAGUUACUGGAUGUAAAUGGUGCGAUUUUAUUGUUUACACAAGCAAAGGCUUGUAUGUUGAAAGAAUUCCAUUUGAACCUGCGUUUUGGAGUACGGUCAGAAAUAAACUUACCGAAUAUUAUUUUAAACAUAUGAUUAAAGUUGCAGCAGCUGAUUUUAACAAAUAA